GAAAGGGUGGUUGGGCCGAACAGAUCAUAGCCGGGUGCUAUGGACUGGUGGACGCACCUUUGCACUGGCGUCGCUCCUUGACCGAAGACAUGAAAGCCUUAGGGUACGAGCAGUCGGCAUUGGAUCCUUGCGUCAUGAAGCUCUACAACAAGGCUCAUACCAAACUUCUGGGAGCAAUCGCCAUUGAGGUGGAUGACUUGUUCACCGUUGGCCACGCCGAGCACCACCACAAGAUGGAGCUGCUCCGGAAAAGGUACACCUUUGGAAAGUAUGUGCACCUGCAGAAGGAGAAAGACGGACCUUCAAGCCUGAUGGUGUCGAAAUUGUCGAAGAUGACCGUGGAGGGCAUCGUGCAGAUGAACCAAGUGGUCCUUGAGCUCAAAGACAAGGCCGACCUGUGCUUACAGAUCCAACCGCUCAAAAGGAUGCGACUUAGUGUGGUGACCGAUGCCUUGUUCGCCAACAGUGGAUUCCACUCACAAGGGGGUCACCUGGUUCUGGCGCAUGAAAGCCAGUUGAGAGAUGGCCACUCCAUGCCGACCAACAUCGUGGCAUGGAGGAGCGGGAAGCUACAGAGGGUCGUUAACUCGACCCUCGCUGCCGAAACUCAGAGCUUGUCCCGAGGCUUGAGCUUCUUUGGCGAUCAUGGUGAUGGUGCAGGAGCUCCAGGACGGGAACUUCAAAACGUCAAGGCCUGGCGUGAACGCCUUGGAGGUGAAGAGCUGCUGGUCAUGGGCUCGGAAGCGAGUGAGGGCUUCCUGAAGGAGUCCCUGGCUGUGGUUGAUGCAAAGUCGUUGUACGACCACCUUUCGCCCUUCUGCGGCCUUGGAUCUUUGGAU